GGCCGGAAGUCCCCCUCUGCCAGGCGCGGCCCGCGCGACCUCCAACCCCGCCUCCCGGAAGCGGCCCCGCCCAAGGCCUGCACACCUCCGCGUCCGGCUGGGACCUCGACCCCACCCGCCGAGUUGUCAGUUCUGCGGCCUAGGAAUGGAGCCCCACCCUCCUGACGAGGAAUCCGAGAUGGCAGGCCAAGAACUUGACCCUGCCCGCCAAACUUAUUUUUCCGUGGGCCAAGAAUCGGACUGUCUCUACCAAGAAUUGGACCUGGACUCCCUGAAUGAAGAUCUUUCCCUCGCCACGCCAGAUGUCACGGCACAGACCUCUGUGGGCACAUAUGAACCCCGCCCAACUUCUGAACCCGAAGAUCUAACCGAGGCCGAGCAAAUGGAGCUCAAAUCAGAGCUCAUUAAAUUAGAAGCGGAAAUCUUCACUCUUCGCCAAGUGUUGGCAGCCAAAGAGAGGCGCUGUGGAGAGCUCAAGAGGAAGUUGGGCCUCACGGCCUUGGUGGGUCUGAGGCAGAAUCUGUCCAAGAGUUGGCACGAUGUUCAGAUCUCCAACGCAUACAUGAAACAAAAGACAUCAGCUGCCCUGUCCACCGUGAGCUCUGUCAUCUGCAGGAAACUUGGGGACAUGAAGAAAUCGGCCACUUUCAGAUCUUUUGAAGGUCUAAUGGGAACAAUCAAGUCCAGAGUCGCAGGUGGCAGAGAGCUUGGCAGUGACUGCUUUCCUUCUGCAGCAGGGAGUGGGAAUGAUCCGCUCCCGGUUCCAGAGAAUGAGGAUGAUAAUGUACCAGGGCCUGGAGAUCACCUGCUCCCUUUUGUGGAGCCAGAAUGAGCCCUUUAUUAACCUUGCCUGGCCAGCAAACCAACGCAAGGACCCCCUUCCCUCAUCACAUUUGCAAAUCUGCCCAGCAAAUACAAGAAACCCAACCACACUGGUAAAGUUAAUUCAGGAAAUGGACAGAGUCCGGUUUUAAGAAAAGAAGUGCCCAUUUGUACAUAGAUAUUUGCUGCUGUUAGAUAGAGAACCCAAAGUUUUGUACCUAGUUAUUUUACACUAAAAUUUGUAGAUGAAA